AUGGGCGAUAAAGUUCUAUUAAAAGUUUCCCCAUGGAAAGGUACUGCCCAGUUCGGCAAGAAGGGCAAAUUGGCGCCUCGAUACAUUGGACCUUAUAAGAUCAUUAAACGUGUGAGACCAGUAGCGUACAAACUGGAACUACCGUUAGAACUUGGCAAUGUUCAUGACACCUUUCACGUGUCCAAUCUCAAGAAGUGCAUGGCUGACGACACGACUGUCAUUCCUGUUAAGGAUGUUCAUAUAAACGAAGGGCUCGAGUUCAUUGAAGAGCCCAUCGAGAUCAUUGAUAAGGAUGCUAAACAGACUAGACAGACCAGCAUACCACUAGUUCGUGUACGUUGGAGCGCUAGACACGGGUAUAAUGAUACCUGGGAACGUGAGGACUUCAUUAAGAAGAAGUACCCUCAUCUUUUCGAUUGGCAAGACUCUUAA